AUGAGACGUCUUGACGAGAACCGAGACAUCAACGGCCACCCCGAGGACGACAUCAAGCGGCAGAGGUCGCAGUACAACGGCGACCAGCUCUACUCGAACCUCUGGUCCGGCAAGUGGAGCCUGAAGGACGAGCACAAGCUGCUGUCGGAGCUGGGCGCGGGCGGCGGCGGCGGCAACGCCAACACCUCGCCGUACUACGACCCGCACUCGUUCGCCGCGGGCGCGCCCGCCACGGACAUCUACGACUCGCUCCAGCCCGGCCUGCAGCAGCAGUACAGCACCAGCUCGUUAGCAGGCACUGGGUCGCUCACCCCCCUGGCCCCCAUCAGCAUGCAGGACAUGAAGCUGGGUCCUGGACUCGGGCUGGUGUUAGAGGCGCCGGGACUGUCUCCCUAUCACACAGAGGGGAGCCCGUACACCGUGUCGGGCACCGUGCCCGGCGUGGGGGUCCCCGGCGCCGAGGACCCCCCGCCGCCGCUGUCGCCGGACCCCGCGCUCACCGUGCUGCAGCCCGCCCCCGGCUCCCCGCCCCCGGUGGGCGGCGGCGCCGCCUCCGCGGGCGCGACCCCGGUGCCCCACGAGCCGGCCGCCCUCUACCCCACCAUGCUCCCCAGCUUCACCCACUACGUGACGACAGGUGGUGGUGGCGUGGCGGGCGUGGUGGGCGGCGAGUACGCCUACACCUCCCCCUACUCGCAGUACACGUCGAGCUACGGCGGCUACUCGUACGGCGCCGGGGGGUCUCUCCUCAGCACGCCGUUCUACUACAACCAGGGCGUGGUGCAGCAGCAGCAGCAGCAGUCGCAGGGCGCCCAGGCCCAGGCCGGCCGCGUGGAGCUGGGCGGCGAGCUGGACGCCAAGUCCCCCCUGGCCGCCACUAGGGCCAACUCGGGGGCGUCGGCGGCCUCGCCCACGGGCUCGGCGUGCAUGAAGCAGUGCACCAAGCAGGAGCCGAGCAUGCAGGCCUCGGCGCUCGGCACGCCGACGGCCGCGGCCGCCCCGGGCCUCGACGCGCAGGGCAUGCUGCUCUAGACAUAUCCACAACGACAGACGGGGGCGGACGGGCAGGCCCUGGCCGGCGACCCUGGCCGGCGACCCUGGCCGACGACCCCGGCCGACGACCCCGGCCGACGACCCCGGCCGACGACCCCGGCCGACGACCCCGGCCGACGACCCCGGCCGACGACCCCGGCCGACGACCCCGGCGGACGACCCUGGCUGGCGACCCUGGCCGACGACCCUGGCCGACAACCCUGGCCGACGACCCUGGCCGACGACCCUGGCCGACGACCCUGGCCGACGACCCUGGCCGACGACCCUGGCCGACGACCGCGGCGGACGACCCCGUCGGACGACCCCGUCGGACGACCCCGUCGGACGACCCUGGCCGACGACUCUGUCGGACGACCAUGGCCGACGACACCCUCCCGGCCCCCAGCCCCGCGCCCGUUACGAAACCAAAGAAAGUGCAAAGCUAGAGGCGGCGAACCCCGCCUUGUGAUAUAACCAGAGCGAUCGAAACCAAAAAAGUUUAUACGUUCACCGUGAACCUGCCGCUGUUUAAAACGAAAGACUGUUUUGUAUAAAAAGUGAAAAGUGUACCCUUUGACUUUCGGUGGAACAAAACGUGUAUAGUAUUGUGAACUACUUAGGUUGACUUCUUAAUAUUAUUAUUAUAUUGCUAGCUAUAUCUUUCAUCAUCCUGUACAAAGAAAAAAAAUAAGAAUAUUGUAAAUUUGAAAGUGUGUUUAUUUGUUUAAAGAGAUCUAUAUACAUACAUGCAAUGAGUUUUGCAAACAGCUUUUGAUCAAGGGAAUCCAGCUUACUGCAGCAACUAUUUUUGAAAUGCUGUGCAGUACCAGCUGGAUUUAAUUGAAACAUAUUGUGUAUCUCAGUAGGUAUAAGGUUUCAUUCUUAUGCAUAGGAUUGUUUCUUACUAGAAGAACCAAAGAUUUUAUUGUUACUCCGUCUGAACUUGUGCACUUGCUCACUUGUACAGUCCAAAUGCACGCAUGCAGACUUUACAGCAUUGCACCACCAAGCUUUCUAUAGACAUGUUUUUUUAUUAUUUUAACAUCUGCAAUAAUGUUCAAGAAAUUGAAUUGUGUUGUGAUGCAAUUGUUGAUAUUGUUGUUUAUCUAGACCGUGGGGUUAAGCCAAUAAUUUGUUUUAAUCAUGACGUAUUUCUUCUUUAUUACAUAAUGCUCAAGUGCUUUGUGCUUUUUAUACCUUUUUUUAAAAAAAAGAAUACUUAUUUAUUUAAAUGUUUUGUUCGUAAUUUUAACUGCCACAAAAUCAAUAUAUGCCUAGAUAAGAAUACUUUGUCACAACGAUACAUGUGGCCGAAUCCAAAGGGCAUACAGUUGUUUAAACCAGUGCAAUGAUAUUUAAUUUGGAUUGUCUUCUGGAGCUUACUGGCACUCCUCACUAGUCAGAAAGGGAAACCAUGAACCAUGAGACCCCCUAAAAUAUGUGAGAAUUUUUAAUGAAAUGGUUUGUAUUGACCACAUUUGUAAUAAUGAGACUAAAAGCACUAGGGACGGCAUUUGGACAUUUCAAC